AUUUCAAUCAAAGUUUUAGAAUUGCCGGCAACGUUUCAUAAAAUUAUUUAAUAAAUUAUGGCGGACGACGAUGAAAUUAGAGAAUAUCGAUGGGAGACAGGGUACGAGAAAACUUGGGAAGAAAUAAGAGAAGACAAUAAUGGUUUGAUUUCUGGAUCUAUUCAUGACAUCAUUCAGAAAGCAAAACGGAAACGUCAAGAAGCCAAGAAAGGCUCAUCGAGACUAGGAAUGAUGAGACAUAUUUAUAUCAUGCUGGAUUGUUCUGAAGCAAUGUCAAUUCCUGACCUUAAACCAACAAGAUUUCUCAACACUUUGAAGAUGCUUCAGCUGUUUAUUGAAGAAUUCUUCGAUCAGAAUCCCAUCAGUCAAGUCGGAAUAAUAUUGUUGAAGAAUAAAAAAGCUGAAAAAAUCACAGAACUAGCUGGAAACUAUAAAAAUCAUGUUAAAAUGAUUCAAAGUAUUACAAAACUCAAUCUUGUUGGAGAGCCUUCAUUACAAAACGGCUUAGAAACUGCUUUACAAACACUUCGAAUGAUACCAGCGCAUGCAAGUCGAGAAGUUUUGAUGAUUCUUGGUAGUCUUACGACUUGCGAUCCCGGCGACAUCACGGAAACGAUUCAAAGCCUCAAGCAAGAAAACAUUAGAUGCUCAGUUAUAAGUUUAUCAGCUGAGACAAGAAUAAUGCGAUAUUUAACAACACAAACUCAUGGAAUUUACAGCGCGAUAUUAGACGAGUCACAUUACAAAGAUCAAUUGUUUCAACAUAUUGAGCCGCUGCAAGCGACAAAUACUCAAGAAUGCUCUUUGAUUAAAAUGGGAUUUCCUCAUGGUCUUGUUCAGGAUUCAAACAAAAAGGACGUUUCUAUGAUGUCGAUGUGUAUGUGUCAUUUGGAUUCAUCGGAGCCACGCAAAUUAUCCACAACUGGCUAUUUCUGCCCUCAGUGUCAAGCAAAAUAUUGCGAAUUACCAGUUGAAUGUGUCGUCUGUGGUUUGACGCUUGUCCUUGCCCCACAUCUUGCUCGCUCUUAUCAUCAUCUUUUCCCCAUUGCGAACUUCAUUGAAGUCCCAUACGAAAAGCAAUCAACUCAUUGUUUUGGCUGCCAGCGUCCAUUUCAAGACAUCGACAAGAGUUUAUAUCAAUGCCCCAAAUGUCGAAUAUUUUAUUGCAUUGACUGCGAUAUUUUCAUUCACGACACGUUGCAUACUUGCAUUGGAUGUUCAACGACUCCUGGUGGUCAAAAACAUCAAAUUCAUUCCGAUUCAAAUAAUUAUCAAAAGUCAUUUAACAAUUCUGUUCAUUUGUAGUUUAUUUAAAAUUCUGAAUGUUGGAUUCGUCUAAUAUAGACAGAUUUAAUCACAAUGAUCCACCAUUGAUUGAAUUAAGUGAAAUAAAAUUCAUCAAUAAUUUCAUUUUCUUAUCACAAAGUAAACGCUUUUAGAAUAUGACAACUCAUCAAAAUUCUUAUCUAGAAAGUUUUUCAUCUUAAU